AUAAAGGCUGCUAUUUUUUUUCCCCUGGGAUUUAUUUCAUGGGGAUGUGUUCAAGACAAGAGAGGAUUCAGAAGGAUAUUGACGUUGUGAUCCAAAAGUGCAAGGCGGAGAAGGACUGCCUGUUUGCAGAUUUCAGGUACUCAGACUCCACCUUUACCUUCACCUAUAUUGGAGGCUCCAAAAGUGUGUCCUAUUCAGUGCAUGUCUCUGAGGAUUACCCAGAUAACACUUACGUUUCCAGUUCUGAUAAUGAUGAAGAUGUGUUAGUUACAACAGAGCCAAUUCCAGUAAUUUUCCACCAAAUUGCUACAGAAUUAAGAAAAACCAAUGAUGUCAACUAUUGCUUAUCCAUAAAGUCAAAAUUACAGAGGGAGAAUGGAGAGGAGUCACGGCACAGCAGCACAGUUGAAGAAGACUCUGAAGGAGAUAAUGACUCUGAGGAAUUUUAUUAUGGAGGACAGGUUAGCUAUGAUGGUGAACUUCACAAGCAUCCACAGCUGGAGGCUGAUCUAACCGCAGUGAGAGAGAUCUAUGGACCUAAUGCAGUAUCUCUCAGGGAAUAUGGAGCCAUUGAUGAUGUAGAUAUUGAUCUACAUAUUGAUGUUAGCUUUCUUGAUGAGGAGAUUGCUGUGGCUUGGGAUGUAAUUCGCACAGAGCCUAUAAUAGUGCGACUGCACUGUUCACUUACACAGUACCUAAAUGGUCCAGUGCCAACUGUGGAUGUAUUUCAGAUCUCCACUAAGGAAAGAUUUGGGCUGGGACAUCAACUGAAAAAAAUCAUGCAGACAUUUGUUACACAACAGUGGAAGAACAGUAAAGAAAAAUCGAACUGUAUGCACAAUAAGAAGGUGUCUGACAAAAAGGUGAAAUCCCCUCUGCAUAUCUUUUCUACAUUGCGCAGGUCGCCAAGUUAUCCUCCACCUGGCUGUGGUAAGAAUAAAUCAAAACUGAAACCAGAACAGGAUGGCAUCUCCAAGACUCACAAACUAUUGAGAAGGACUUGCUCUAGCACAGUGAAGGCGGAGGACGUGUGUGCCACAAAAUCUCACAGAACCUUUGGCCGCUCGUUAUCGAGUGACCCUAGGGCUCUUAGAUCGCACAAACUGCUGAGUCGUGCUUGCUCUGCAGCUGUCAAGCAGGAGGAGUGCAUCACUUUAAAGUCCCAUAAGGUGUUAAAUAGGUCGUGCUCUGGGGAUCCUCGAUGUGAGCACAACAGCACCUUGAAGCCCCACAAACUUUUAAGCAGAUCCUACUCCAGUAACCUUAGAAUGGAAGAAGUAGAUGGAUUGAAGAAUCACAAGUUGCUCAGCAAGACUUACUCCAAUGCCCCUAAAUCAUCCAAAAUGGAACCUUUCAAGGAGUCCACCAUGGCAGAGAGCAGGAGGCUCUCUCUUACCUCAGGGCUUAUUGGUAUCUUAACACCAUCCUCAUCAUCACCUUCACAAGCUGCUCAAAAUUAUGGUGCAAAAUGCAUUCCGGUGCGAGACCGUGGCUUUCUUGUGCAGAGUAUUGAAUUUGCUGAGCAGCGGAUACCAGUAUUGAAUGAAUACUGUGUUGUUUGUGAUGAACCUCAUGUGUUCCAAAAUGGCCCUAUGCUGAGGCCUACUGUUUGUGAACGGGAACUCUGUGUAUUUGCUUUCCAAACAUUAGGAGUGAUGAACGAAGCUGCUGAUGAAAUUGCAACUGGGGCACAGGUGGUUGAUCUGUUAGUAUCUAUGUGUCGGUCUGCAUUAGAAUCACCUAGGAAAGCUGUCAUUUUUGAGCCAUAUCCUUCUGUAGUUGAUCCUAAUGAUCCUCAGAUGCUGGCCUUUAACCCCAGGAAGAAGAACUAUGACCGAGUCAUGAAAGCACUGGACAGUAUCACUUCCAUCAGAGAGAUGACACAGGCACCUUACUUGGAAAUAAAGAAGCAGAUGGAUAAACAAGACCCGCUUGCACAUCCUCUUCUACAAUGGGUUAUUUCUAGUAAUAGAUCACAUAUUGUGAAGCUACCGGUGAAUAGGCAACUGAAGUUUAUGCACACUCCCCACCAGUUCCUUCUUCUCAGCAGUCCACCAGCCAAAGAAUCCAAUUUCCGAGCUGCUAAAAAUCUCUAUGGAAGUACCUUUGCAUUUCAUGGUUCACACAUUGAAAAUUGGCAUUCCAUCCUGAGGAACGGCUUAGUUGUUGCUUCCAAUACGAGGCUGCAGCUCCAUGGUGCAAUAUUUGGAAGGGGAAUCUACCUUAGUCCAUUGUCAAGCAUAUCAUUUGGUUACUCAGGGAUGAACAAGAAGCAGCAGAAGGUGUCAGCUAAAGAUGAACCAGCUUCAGGCAGUAAGGGUAGUAAUACAUCACAGUCACAGAAGAAAGGACAGCAGUCACAAUUUUUGCAAAGCCGUAACUUAAAAUGCAUAGCCUUAUGUGAAGUGAUAACCUCACCUGAUCUGCACAAACAUGGGGAGAUAUGGGUAGUUCCCAAUACGGAUCAUGUGUGUACAAGAUUUUUCUUUGUUUAUGAAGAUGGUCAAGUGGGUGAUACAAGUAUAAAUACACAGGAACCAAACAUUCAUAAAGAGAUUCUUCGGGUCAUUGGCAAUCAAACUGCUACUGGUUAAAAGGACCACUCUAAUUUAAUUGAUGUGAAGCCUUCCUCAGUCUCAAAGCUGGAUUUUGAACUGAAGAAAAUGCAAAAAACUAAUUUAUUAUUACUACACUAAGCAAAUUAACCAUUUGAAUACUUACUGUUUUCUUACUUAGUAUUUCGUAUCUCAUCAAAAUACCUGAGAUGGUAUCAAUUAGCAACUGUAGGGGUGCAAAGUCUAUUAUUAUACUAAAACAAUUAAUAAUUAAACAGGCAUUUGGGUUGCUCACAAUAAACAGAUAUUAAAAAGGACUUUUGUGCUGAUAUUUUUAUACUAAACUUCAAUUGGAAGUUUUAGUACUGUAUACUGGUAUUUUAAAUUUAGAAUGACUGAAUUACAAGUAAGAGAGAAGAUUUUAUAGCGGAGCACCUGUAUUAUGCAGGAUACUUUGCAAUAAGUAAAAUAUUCUCAUAUUAAAACACAAUAAAAGGUUGUCUGGAAUAUGUAAAAUUGAAGAGAUUGAUUACCUGCAGCUAUCUUUAAUUAUUUUUAUUUUACACAAAUGCAGUUAGCAUUUAGAUUUAAAGGUGAAAACAGCAAUGCAUUUUUUAUUUACUGGGUGCAACAAAGCAAAAUGAAUGUGAUGGUAUAUGUUCAGCUUUCUUUAUCUUUUCUGGAACACUGUCUUACCCAUUAAGCAGCUCAGUUGUAUUUUUUAAUUAUACAAGCCUAGGAAACACCUGGAAAACCUAAAGCUGUUAAUUUCCUUUUUAGAAUUUUCAUUUUUAUAUACUAGAUUUUACAGUUUCAUUAGAUCAAUAAGGUUUUUUAAUGUUUGCAUCUUAACUUCAGUGAAAUUGCUCUGUGAUUAAAUUUAUCCACAUAUUUUAAAGUAUGUGCUGAGUUAAGGCUUUUACAUGGUUGAGUUGAUUGUUGGUGCAUCAGAAAAUAUAUACAAAUGCAAAAUUCUACUGAUUUUGUCUUGGUAAAAUAGUUUUAUUAGUUAAUUUCUAAGCGAUAAGAAAUCAAUUUAAAUAUAUCUGUCUUUUAAAUUAACAACUGUUUUUUCCAAGUGAGUAGGAUGGCAACACAGAUAGAGAAGGGUCCAGUCUCCAAGACAAAAAGCAUAUCCUGUGCCCUGAUGAAUGCCCUUGGCGGCCCUCAUGGUGGCUAUCCUGAAGCAUCAAUCACACCCUUGAAUAUGGAGAGCAGUUGAACUUACUCAUCUGUGCAACUACUACAAGCCACCUCAGAAAGCAAAAAUAGACUGAAACCUCUCUUAUGUUACUUUCAUAAUAAAGAUACUAAAGCACCAAAUAACA